UAAUGGGCGUAUGGGUAUUUUUUAUUCCUUAUAUAGCAAUCCCAUCAUUCGUGAUCACAAUCGGUUUCACUAUUUACAAACUUACUAUUAGUAAGAAGAUAAAUAACAACGUCGCCGGCUUUCUCCAUUUAAUGCCCUCUUACAUCUACUCAAAUGCCAUUCCCAACCGUAGCAGAAUGAACCGAUAAAUGGGUGUUAGAAUCACCCUUGUUUCACGAAUACCUAUUUAUCUGGGUUUAAUGGUGAUCUUCCAGUUGGACGGUAUGAAUGGGUUCGGUUGGGUACCGAGCGGGAUUGGAAUAAUAUUGGGGACUGUUAGUGCUGUUAGCGACUCCGCUGGGUUCUCAUUAGCGACCAUCGACGUAACAUCUGUAUUAUUAAACUAUUGGCCGUAUAUACCAAAUCGCUUAAGUGUAGAAUAUCGAUAUGGGUAGGGAAUAGGUUCAAAGUAACACGCUAUACUCUUCACCCAGGUAUACUCCUAUAUGAUAUUAUUUAUCGUCAUAUCAAAUUGGAGUUAGGCUUUGGAAGACUUACAACGCCUAUACCAAUUGAAGGUCGAGGCUUUUGCACUAAUGUUAACCGGCG